AAACAAAAAAAAAAAAACACGCAACCUCUCUGAGAGCAUUAUCUUCCAUUAAGGACAGGUGCAUCCAGCUCUGCAUGGUGACGUACAGGACAGGGAUGGGGGUUUUCCAUUAGAGCGAUUAGAGCUGGAAUAAUAAUGUUCCUGCUGCCGCACGCUUUAAGCCACGAGGAUGAGGUGCUGAUGCUGCUGUUGUUGCUGGGACUGCAGCAGCCGCAUCCCGCUUCUCCCCGCACUCAACGUGCUCGAAAACAUCUGUAGAAAAUCUCUUUGCGUCACAGUGAGGGAGGCGCAACUCUGACACUCCUGUGUGCGUGCCGGGGGCAGUCCCACGUUUGGGGCCGCCGCUCCCCUCCCGUGAUGAGCAUGCACGAAAAGCAAGAGACGGCACGUGCGGUGGGUGGUCUCCGACCCGCCGUCUUCACGUGGCUCCAGCGAGAGGCGCUCCGAGCCAAGCCUCCACAGCGUCAGUCCGUUGCGGCAGCGGCAGGAGACAACAUCCCAAACAUGGCUGUGGAGCUGGAGCCCACUGAUGUGAUCCGUCUCAUCAUGCAGUACCUCAAGGAGAAUAACCUCUACCGCACGCUGAUGACCUUACAGGAAGAAACCACAGUUUCUCUCAACACCGUGCAAAGCAUCGAGAGCUUUAUAGAGGAUAUAAACAGGGGCCACUGGGACUCUGUUCUGCUGGCCAUUGAGUCUCUCAAGUUGCCUGACAACACACUGAUUGACCUCUAUGAACAGGUUGUAAUGGAGCUCAUUGAAAUGAGGGAGGUGGGUGCAGCCCGUUCGCUCCUCAGACAAACUGACCCGAUGAUCCUGCUGAAUCAGACCGAGCCAGAGAGGUACGCCCAUCUGGAGAAACUGCUGACGUGUCCUUACUUUGACCCUCGAGAGGCGUACCCAAAGGGCAGCAGUAAGGAGAAGCAGCGCAGAGCCAUAGCUGAGGCUUUAGCAAGAGAGGUCAGUGUGGUGCCUCCUUCUCGCCUCAUUGGACUCCUGGAACAAGUCAGCUAUAUAAAGCGACAGAUAAAUCCAGGUUAUCUUUCCCCUGAAAUGACAAUCGACACAUCGACAAACAAGGAGCAGAAAGUGGAAAAAGAAAGCUUUCCAUCUCAGCUGUACCGCCACAUAAAGUUUGGACGACGUUCACACGUGGAAUGCGCCCGGUUCUCUCCUAACGGCAGGUAUUUGAUCACCGGAUCAGUGGAUGGGUUUAUCGUGUUCUGGAACUUCAACAGUGGAAAAAUUUGUAAGGAUCUCAAGUAUCAGGCCCAAGAAAGCUUCAUGACGAUGGACGAUGCUGUGCUGUGUAUGUGCUUCAGUCAAGACGUAGAUCUACUCGCCACAGGAGCUCAGAAUGGCAAAAUUAAGGUGUGGAAGAUCCAGAGUGGCCUGUGUGUGCGAAGGUUCGAGCAUGCUCACAACAAAGGUGUGACUUGUCUGAGCUUUUCAAAGGACAGCGACCACAUCCUCAGUGCCUCAUUGGACCAAACCAUAAGAAUCCAUGAGCUGAGGUCAGGCAAGACGCUGAGGGAGUUAAAAGGACAUUCAUCGUUUGUAAACGAUGCGUGCUUCGCUCAGGAUGGUUUCCACAUCAUCAGCGCCGCAGCCGAUGGCACAGUUAAGAUUUGGAACACAAAAUCCUGCGAAUGCAUUCACACGCUCAAAUCCCAGUCAGUGACAUCAGAAGUCCCAGUCAACAAUGUGAUUCCUCUUCCCCAAAGGCCUGAGGAGUUUGUGGUGUGUAACCACUCCAGCACCGUGGUCAUCAUGAACAUGCGCGGCCAGACAGUGAAGACUUUCUGUUCAGAGCAGCCAGAGACAGCAGGCUUUGUGUGCUGCACCGUGUCACCCCACGGGGAGUGGAUCUACUGUGUGGGGGAGGACAGUGUGCUGUACUGCUUUAACUACACGACAGGGAGGCUGGAGAAAACGCUGACUGUUCAUGACAAAGAUGUCAUUGGCAUCGCUCACCACCCACAUGAGAACCUGAUUGCCACGUACAGCGAGGAUGGCCUGUUGAGGCUGUGGAAACCCUAAGCUGUCACCUGCAUCCUGCUGUGGGGGAGCUAGGCAGUUGUUUGCAAAGUUCAAAAGCAUUCAGAUCAACUCAAAGGGAUAGUUCAGAAUUUUUCAUGUGAAUUUCUUUAACAAUCCUGCACCGAUAUCUCAUCUGCAGUACGACAACUUCAUCUUCAUUUAUUAUAAGUCUAGAUUCGUCCUAAAGGAUGAAGCUGACGGUGAUUAUGAGUGAAACCAAAGUGGACUUUGUCUUUUUUCCCCAAUGUAUUGUGUUCACUGAAUGCUCAUUUGACCUUCAAAAUCAGAAGAUAGAAAAUAGAAUUAGAAAAGCAAUGCUUGAGUACAAGCAGAAGAUCUCACUUUAACACAAGCUGCAGGUGUGUCUGGUGCACAUUUAGUUAAAACACACUCUUUCUUCAUUUAGUGAAGUUACUCGUAGUGGGUAGUGUAGCGAGAAAUGUUACUCAAGUAAGUGUAGCGAUGCUUCAUGAUAAUAUCACUCAAGUAAAAGUAAAAAAGACAGAGUAGUAAAAUUAUUCCAAUAACAGUUCUUCCCCCCCAAAACGUUACUCAUAUAAUCGUAUCUUGGUAGAUGUAACUAGCUACUGUCCAUCUCUGCUUUUAAGAAAGCCUCACUUCAAAAAUCCUGAACUAUCCUACUAAGAGUAAUAUGGUGUUUAUUUUAAACUUUUUUAUAUUGAUACAAGUCUCAUUAAAGUGAAUUUUACAUUUUUAAAGCAAGAAGUUCAAGAAUUAAAGAAUCAACAAUGUGUUUCUUAUUUGCCUUAAUAUUUAAGGUUAAGCUAAGUCUUUAACUGUUUUUAGUUAUGAAUAUUUUUUACAAAUAUAUAUAUAUAAACUUACCAUCUGACAGCUGUGUGAACUUUGUCAACUCUGCCUAGGACCUCCAUGAUGCUCUUUGUGAGUCCAACUUCACUAGUGCCACUUGAAUCCAACACUCUCAUCUCUUCUGUCUCUAACAGACAUGAAAAUGCACGGUGGUGAACUGUUGUGAGAUUAUUUACAAUAGAGACUGCCUAAUGUUUGGGCAUGAAUAAUAUCAGGUAUUUGUUGCUUUCCUGGCUUUGGUUUGUAAAGAUGCCUCCCUUCCCUCCCUAAUUUGCUCUGUGAAUUAUCUGCAUGCUACCUCAGUUCACCGCCUUGCAGGGGAUCUAGAAUGAUUCAGAUAUGCAUGCUUAAAAACGGCACAACUCACCAGACGUCCAGUCUGUGUUCUGUCUGCAACUGCAGCAUCAUUUUGUCGUACUUUCCUGUGCAUGCGUACACGUACAUGCCCGCAGGUGAAAGACUGUCCACUAUUUAUUACGUGGGAUAUUAUUUGUUACUGUAGUGUGAAGUCAUUGCACUCUAUUUUUUUGUAUAUUUGCUAUAUUGUGAAUUUCACGCAGUCUGCCACAGGGAGACAAAAGAAGUGCAAAUAAAUUCACACAUUCAAAAUUGCUGCAUUUAAGGUCCAUUUGUAAACUCAAAUUAGUGUCAAGUUUGUUCUGUAAUUAAAGUUCAGUUGCUUUUUUCAAUAGAAUGGGCAGAAUUUGGAAAAGAGCACAAAUCCACAAAUGGGAUCAAAUAACUGAUUGAGUUUGUGUGAGUAAUAUGGGGUGCUAAAAUACAGUUAAUUAAAAUAACUUGUGAUAUAAUCACAUUAUUUACUUCACCACACGUUACGAUUUACAAAAUGGUUGCACAGACACAACAGUGAAUCCCACUGGCUACGGUUUAAAACAUUUUAGUUGACAGGCUAUUAUUGAUACCAACAGCUUGCCAUACAGGAGAAUCAGAGUUGAGUCAGAAUACACAUUGAGCGAGCGAACGUGAGAUUUAACACAGCCUUAAAAACACACACACCAUAAAUAGUUGAGUCACAACGAUGCGCUCACAUUAAUCGCCCUGUGUUCCCAGGUGGGGGCGCAAAUAUUACACCAUAGAAGGGCAACAGUGGGAAACGUGAGGGUGUAAAAACACACAGACCCCCUGCUGUCAGAGGAACAAGCCAACAAGGCCACUUCUUUAGGCAUCCAUGUCAGCAGGGGGAGCCAACGCACACUUGAAGCUUCACACAGAAUAUACUUCUUAUUGAAUUACCUUGGAUUUAAAUUAAAAUUGCCAAUAGUUCCUAAAUGCUUAUUUCUGCCAAAAACCUUUGUGUAUUUUUGGGUAACAUUUGUUAGUGAGAAUAAGAAGUGGGCUGGUUCCCAGCAUCAAGCUGCCAAAACCUUUCUUCAAAUCCAUAAAAGUUCCCCGUCAUUCAUUUUCUAGUUUGUCCUUUAAAUGAGAUAGCUGUAAGGAGUGUAGACCAACAGUGCACUUCCCUUCCCCCACCUGUUGCUAGAUGAAAGGAGCCCAUCACACUUUUCCUCAACAAGGAAGAUUUCUUGAUGGUAAGAGUGUGUUGUGGAAGCCAGAGGAGCAGAAUCCAUCACUCUUGUCCAAGAUAACUCGUGUGAUAAUGAAUGUACAGUAAUAUUUUAGUAACAGAUUGUAGCUUUUAUCUUAAGUAAAAUUAAUUUGAUGUUAUACAUUUUAAUGUUUAUGUUAAUAUUAUGAUUCUUUGAAACUCAAAGUUGCACAUUGAAAAUCUCACACCAGCUUGUGACCAUUGUGAACUUUUGCCCAGCACUACAGCGUGACUAAAGUUUCCCAGAUAUCAUCGCAGAUCAGUUUAGUAAGACCCCAAAAUGAUAUUUAUUAACAAAACAUGAUCACAAACAUUCUUGGUCUAAACAUCGAUUAAGUUAAAUUAAAACUUUUACCUUCUCAGACUUUCAGAAACAAACCUGCUGUCAGAAGCAGAUCUCUUCUAGGUGCCCGAACGCAACGGUCAUACAAUACUCAGGGAAAAGAUCGUCACUUAAACUAACACUGCAUAAUCAAGUUACUUCAAGUCGAGUUAUGAUAAGGCGUUGAAACAGACACACACACACACACUUCAAACUCCCCCCAUCUUAAAUCCCUCCCUAACCUCCCAAGAUGUGAUCAGGUUGCACAAGAAUAAGACACAAUUAUUAACUUCGGUACCAACAUCAAAACAUCAAAAUAUGCAAAGUUCUACUUUGACUUUUCAUCUCAAUUCCACGUGAAUGCAAUAUUUUCUUCUGAUUUCAAGACCAUGCAUUUACAGAGAGGAUUCUGGCACUGGUUAAUCUUUCUUUGACAACGUAGGUACAACAGGCACUUUAUACCCCUGGGUAUUAUUAUUAUUUUUUUUUUUACAACUGUUGUAACAAAUACUACCAGCAUAAAACAUAAAUUAACAUUACCAGUUUGUCUUCAAAGUGUCGAGAAAACAGUUGCUGUCAAGGAACUGGAGGGUUUAAAACAUCUGCAAAUUGUUUUCUUUUGUAAAAUAAUUUCACAUAGAAAACAGUCCGACAUCCAACCCAAGACAGUAACUGAGCCCAGCAGAGGUAAAAUACUAAAGUUAAAUAUUAGUUUCAAAUAUCUACAAUUUAGUGGCUUGAACCUAAAA